AUGGCGGCUAUGUGGAAGUUAGGAGCCGGUGUCUGGAAUUCGCAAGCGAGUUUGAAUGGUCUGCGAUGUAUCAGCACAUCAGUUGCUCAGUAUGCUCCAGCAAACAAAAAGAAAUCCUUGGGUGGGAAGCAAGGCCGGAACAUUGUUCUGGUGGAAGGUGUGAGGACACCAUUUCUCAUAUCUAUGACGUCCUAUCAGGAUCUGAUGCCUCAUGAUUUGGCUAGAGCUGCUUUGUCAGGGUUGAUACGGAAGACAAACAUGGACAAAAGUAUUGUAGACUACAUAUUGUAUGGAACUGUCAUUCAGGAAGUGAAGACCAGCAAUGUUGCCAGAGAAGCCGCCCUUGGAGCUGGAUUCCCUGAUAAUAUUCCAGCACACACUGUCACCCAGGCAUGCAUCUCCUCCAAUCAAGCCAUUACCACUGGGAUGGGGUUGAUUGCUUCGGGAUCUUGUGAUGCUGUGGUAGCUGGCGGAGUGGAGUUUAUGUCUGAUGUUCCAAUCAGACACAGUCGUAAAAUGAGAAAAUUGAUGCUACAGCUUAACAAGUCCAAAAAUAAGGCAGGCGUCAUCAUGAAGAUGUUGUCACCAUCAGCUCUCACACCCGAGUUACCUGCUGUUGCUGAGUUUUCUACAAAUGAGACGAUGGGCCACUCUGCUGACAGAUUGUGCGCCGCUUUCAAAAUUAGCCGAAGAGAACAAGAUGAGUUUGCUCUGAGAUCCCACACGUUUGCUCAUGAGGCAACAGAGAAGGGACUUCUCUCUGAUGUCAUCUCUUACAAAGUACCAGGCGUAAAAGAACCAGUGACUAGAGACAAUGGCGUCAGGCCAUCAUCGAUGGAAAAAUUGUCUAGUCUGAAGCCAGCCUUCAUCAAACCACAUGGCACAAGCACAGCAGCAAACGCAUCAUUUCUGACUGACGGUGCCUCAGCAUGUCUGAUUAUGGAGGAAGAGAAAGCCUUGGCUUUAGGAUUUAAACCUAAAGCUUACCUGAGGGACUUCUUGUAUGUUUCUCAGGAUCCCAAGGACCAAUUACUGCUGGGACCAGCAUAUGCAACACCAAAGAUCCUGGAGAAAGCUGGACUCACCAUGUCAGACAUAGAUGUUUUUGAAUACCAUGAAGCUUUUGCUGGUCAGAUCCUGGCCAACUUGAAAGCCUUGGAUUCAGAUUGGUUUGCACAAAACUAUAUGAAGAGAAGUGGAAAGUUUGGCGCCAUCCCCAUGGACAAGUUUAACCUGUGGGGUGGAUCACUGUCUCUCGGCCACCCAUUUGGUGCAACAGGAGUCCGGCUAGUAACCACAGCAGCUCAUCGUCUCGCUAAAGAAGAUGGACAGUUUGGACUUGUGGCAGCGUGUGCAGCUGGAGGCAUUGGCCAUGCUAUGAUUGUGGAAAGAUAUCCGUCAUCGUGAUGGGAAUCAAAUUAGAUCUGUCCAUUCAGUGAGCCAUGUAUAUAAAGAACAUCUGGAUUGAUUUCCCUUUUGACAUCAUUAAAGACUAGGAUGGAGUGUCAUCAAAGAUACUUAAUGUCCGGUUUGAAGUGCUAAGUGGUCUGCUGAGUUGGAUGUAAAAUGAUAUAGACUGUCAUCCAAGUCAAUUAAAUUUUGUUGUUGUGAUUUUGUGGAGAAUUACUCAGUGGGACAAAUCAGUGAUAUGGAGGUUACGAACAAUAUACUAAUUGAUGUUGACAUUGUCAUUGCUACACUGCAUUUCACUUUUGUAAUAUGAUUACACAAGUGAAAUUCAUGUUAAAAUCUCAUUUUUUCAUAUUAACUGUGAUACAUCACAUUUGUAUAUAAUUAUUUAUAUUAAAAUUGUGAGAAUAUGAA